CGGAGGCGGCGACGGCGGCGGCGGCGGCGGCGGCGGACGAGCCGGGCCUGAGCUCGGAGCCGGAGCCCGGCCGCGGCCACCAUGUCGGCGCCGUCGGAGGAGGAGGAGUACGCGCGGCUGGUGAUGGAGGCGCAGCCCGAGUGGCUGCGCGCCGAGGUGAAGCGGCUGUCGCACGAGCUGGCCGAGACCACGCGCGAGAAGAUCCAGGCGGCCGAGUACGGCUUAGCGGUGCUGGAGGAGAAGCACCAGCUCAAGCUGCAGUUCGAGGAGCUCGAGGUCGACUAUGAGGCCAUCCGCGGCGAGAUGGAGCAGCUCAAGGAGGCUUUCGGCCAGGCCCACACGAACCACAAGAAGGUGGCCGCGGAUGGCGAGAGCCGGGAGGAGAGCCUGAUCCAGGAGUCGGCCUCCAAGGAGCAGUACUACGUGCGGAAGGUUCUGGAGCUGCAGACGGAGCUGAAGCAGCUGCGCAACGUGCUCACCAACACCCAGUCGGAGAACGAGCGCCUGACGUCGGUGGCCCAGGAGCUGAAGGAGAUCAACCAGAACGUGGAGCUGCAACGCGGCCGCCUGCGGGAUGACAUCAAGGAGUACAAGUUCCGCGAGGCCCGCCUGCUGCAGGACUACUCGGAGCUGGAGGAGGAGAACAUCAGCCUCCAGAAGCAGGUGUCGGUGCUCAGGCAGAACCAGGUGGAGUUUGAAGGGCUCAAGCACGAGAUCAAGCGCCUGGAGGAGGAGACAGAGUACCUCAACAGCCAGCUGGAGGAUGCCAUCCGGCUCAAGGAGAUCUCAGAGCGGCAGCUGGAGGAGGCGCUGGAGACGCUGAAGACGGAGCGGGAGCAGAAGAACAGCCUGCGCAAGGAGCUGUCGCACUACAUGAGCAUCAACGACUCCCUGUACACCAGCCACCUGCAGGUCUCCCUGGAUGGCCUCAAGCUCAGCGAGGAGGCCGAGGCCCUGGCCAACGGCUUCGAGCAUGGCGCCGGCCUGGCCAAGCUGCCCCUGGACACCAAGACGUCCACACCCACCAAGGACGGCGGCGCCCCGCCCCCCAGCCUGGUGUCCGACCUCCUCAGUGAGCUCAACAUCUCGGAGAUCCAGAAGCUGAAGCAGCAGCUGGUGCAGAUGGAGCGGGAGAAGGUGGGCCUGGUGGCCACGCUGCAGGACACCCAGAAGCAGCUGGAGCAGACGCGGGGGGCCCUGUCGGAGCAGCACGAGGAGGUGAGCCGCCUCACCGAGAGCCUGAGUGCCCUGCGGCGCCUGCAGGCUGGCAAGGAGCGGCGCACGGCCCUGGACAGCGAGAAGGAGCACGACAGCCACGAGGACGGGGACUACUACGAGGUGGACAUCGACGGGCCCGAGAUUCUGGCCUGCAAGUACCGCGUGGCGCUGGCCGAGGCCGGCGAGCUGCGGGAGCAGCUGAAGGCCCUGCGCAGCGAGCAUGAGGCGGGCGAGGCACGGCACGCCCAGGAGAAGGGCCAGCACGAGGCCGAGAGCCAGGCGCUCAGCGAGAAGGUGUCGGUGCUGGAGAAGGCCGGCCGGCAGGACCGCGAGCUGCUGGCCCGGCUGCAGGCGGAGCUGAAGAAGGCGAGCGACGCGGCGGGCGAGUCCCAGGGCAGCCUGAGCGUGGCCCAGGACGAGCUGGCGGCCUUCAGCGAGGAGCUGGCCAGCCUCUACCACCACGUGUGCAUGUGCAACAAUGAGACGCCCACGCGCGUGGCGCUGGACUACUACCGGGAGGGCCCCGACGCCCACGGACGCCGCUCGCCUGCCCCGCCCAAGGGACCGCCGGCCAACGCUGCUGCCGCUGCCGCCGCCACCACCACCACCACCACCGAGAACGGACCUGCGGACAGCGGCCCCGCGCCCAGCCCCUCGCUGCCCUCCCCGCUGAGCGACCCUCGCCGGGAGCCCAUGAACAUCUACAACCUGAUCGCAAUCAUCCGCGACCAGAUCCGGCACCUGCAGGCCGCCGUCGACCGCACCACUGAGCUGUCGCGCCAGCGCCUGGCCUCGCAGGAGCUGGGCCCCGCCGCCGACAAGGACCGGGAGGCCCUCAUGGAGGAGAUCCUCAAACUCAAGUCGCUGCUGAGCACCAAGCGCGAGCAGAUCACCACGCUGCGCACCGUGCUCAAGGCCAACAAGCAGACAGCCGAGGUGGCCCUCGCCAACCUGAAGAGCAAGUACGAGAAUGAGAAGGCCAUGGUGACCGAGACCAUGAUGAAGCUGCGCAAUGAGCUGAAGGCCCUCAAGGAGGACGCGGCCACCUUCUCCUCGCUGCGCGCCAUGUUCGCCACCAGGUGUGACGAGUACAUCACGCAGCUGGACGAGAUGCAGCGGCAGCUGGCGGCCGCCGAGGACGAGAAGAAGACGCUGAACUCGCUGCUGCGCAUGGCCAUCCAGCAGAAGCUGGCGCUGACGCAGCGCCUGGAGCUGUUGGAGCUCGACCACGAGCAGACCCGGCGGGGCCGCGCCAAGGCCGCCCCCAAGGCCAAGCCCAGCCCGCCCAGCCUGUAGAAUAGCGGCCAGGACUCGGCCCGCCAGCGGGCCUGAAGCAAGGGCAGCCCCAAAGGCCACUUAGAACCGUGUUCGGAUAUGCCACUGCAGAGAUUAUUUUCAAAAUAGCAUUCCCGAGAUUUUAAUAGGAGUGGGGAGGUGGGGCAAAAAAAAAAAAAAGCUUUAAUAUGGAGAAGCCACGAGCUGCCCUUGACAGGCCUCUGUCCAAAUGCUGAGCAGCGCGCCUCACAGCCUCCUGCCGAGGGCCUGCCAGAGAUGCGGCAGCUCUGCUCUCCGGACCCCUCCCCCUCCUUCCCGGUGCCUGUGCACUUUUGAUACUCUGAUAUUACAUUUGUUUCCUUAGCCCCGCCCCUAAGGACAGUCCCCGAGGCCGUGGUCUGUCUCCCGCUCCUGGACCCCGGCUCCGCCUCCCGACAUGCUGGUCUGCUCACAGCACGGGCACUUGCUCACGUGCCCUUUAGACUCAACGGCGUUAUGGUUCGUGUUUGGAGUUACAGAUUUUAAAUGCCAUGUUCAUUUAAGAAAUCCAGGGUAUUCCGAUUCUGGGGUUUUUUCAUAUUGUAUUAUUAUUAUUAUUAUUAUUAUUAUUCUUAGGAAUAGUUCAAUGUAACAAGAAGAAAACUUGACCUUUGCUAUGGUUUAAACAGUAAUAGGCACUUGAACAAAGAAAUUUAAAAAAGAUAAAUUAUUGAAUGAGUAGUAUUAACCUACAAAUUCCAGAGUUUUCUGGGUUUUAGGACAGUGUGAAGCAUGACUGAUUAACAGAAUUUUCUACAACUGUAACCAGUGAAAUUCCAAAUUGGAAUUGUUUUUGUUACUCCGGUGGUUGUGCCAAAUUGUGGUACAUAUAGGAAAUUCUACAGCCGUCGAUUUUUAAAGGUGUUCGAUGCCAACACCUUUUUGUUCGUAAUCAAUUUUGCCAGUAGUGCCUUCAUCAAAUUGAGGGAGGUGUCCCAGCAUAGUUCAUUCUCUGCUGUGGCCGCGGAGGAGAGAGUCGGCAAUUUCGAAGGCCAGAGUGUGGCUCAGGAGGGAUGAAGGGGCGGCGCCCCCAACCCUGGGCCUGCGCAUCUUCAUUGAGGGAAAGCAAACAGCAUUUGUGCAAAAUUCUGUUAGUCAGUGAUUCUUCACCGGGCAGAUCCUCGCAAAUUCAGGGGCUGAGCAGAAAAAAACAAGCGAGCACAAGCUUUGAGUGUGUUUAGGAACCACGUGGACUUGAUGGGACAAGCUAAGCAAGCUGCGUGAGCACCACGCAUGUUGGUGACAAGCCAGGGUCGCGUGGGGCCACCGCCACUGCCGUUGGCUCCUCGCAGGGUGAGGGCUAGCCAUAGUAUUCUUUGCAAAUGUGAGACUGAGAGGUUCUAUAGUCUCUUGCUUGGUGUAACUAAUCACUGUUGAUUUCAGGAAACAGAAUUUGCUAAAGCCCCUCAGCAAACCAGGUCCGAGUCUGGCUCUGAUUUUGCUGAGCGAGGUGGUGUGAACGGUCAAAAUUGGUACUCUAGAGGAAGAAGGGAAAAAGUGUCUUCCCACCUCCAAAACAAAGGACAAAUUCUAAUAAUACAAGUAGAGAGAAUAAAAGAAUUCUGUUUCCUGGAAUAAGCAUUUCUUAUUCCUAGUUAUAGGGACCCCACUUCCCCACACCCCUUUUUUUCACCUUCUCUUACAGUGUUGAUCCAUAAGAAAUAAUGUUACAUUUAUGAUAACUUCAUCUGUACGGGGUAUUUAUUUGCAAUGAUGUCUGAGUACUGUAUUUUUUUUUCCUGUGUAUUAUCUUAGUGUCAGAAUGUUGUCUUUAUUUUAAGAUCAUAUGCAUGUCUCCUGCCAAGGAGCCUAUACACAGACCCAAACAGAAAAGCCUUCAGAUUCAGAGGGAAUGACGCAGAGUGUGCGAAAGGAAUGGGAAAGAGAAAAUCAAAGGCACCUCGGGGCCUACCCGUGUUGUGGGAAUGUCGCCCGCGCCAGCGCACCGGGGGCAGGGGUCUGUGUGUACGGAAUGUUGGUAGGACCAAUAAAUAAAGAAUAACAAAAGACAAAACAA